CGCAAUCACCCGUAUUUCGAACCCAUUCUUUAUCUGUUCGCGCUGGAGGGCAUAUUACAUUCGUUUCGCCGGCCGAGAACUCGAGAGCGGAAACGAGGCGCUUUUACCAGAGAGAGGCUCCCUUGACCAACCUGACACAAUGCCCAACAAACUCCGAGACCUGCACACGGUUGACGACGUCAACUUCCCCUACAUCUUUGAGCAAAAUGCCUCGGUGCCGCUAAAGCUCGGCGGGGUGGUGCGCUGCAACGUGUACCGGCCCAAGACGGCCGAGCGCGUGCCGGUCCUGGUAACAUACGGGCCGUACGGCAAGGACAUCCACUACAAGGACUUCAUCGACAAGUACGCAGAGGUCAACCCUCGGCAGAAGUCGGCCCACUCGGCCUGGGAGACGCCCGACCCGGGCUUCUGGACGGCGCACGGCUAUGCUGUGGUGCGAGCCGACGAGGUGGGGCUCGGUCAGUCGCCGGGUAUCCUAGACACCAUGUCCCGGGCCACCACCGAUGCUUUCGUAGAUGUGGUCGAGUGGGCAGCGGAUCAGCCCUGGUCCUCCGGGAAGGUUGGCCUGCUGGGCAUCAGCUACUACGCAGGGAGCCAGUGGCGCGUGGCUGCCCGCAAGCCCAAAGGCCUGAGCGCCAUCAUCCCAUGGGAGGGCAUGUCGGACUACUACCGUGACCGGUGCCGUCACGGCGGCAUCCUGUCCAACGGGUUCAUCAAGUUCUGGUGGAACCGACAGGUCAUCACGAACCAGUACGGGCGCCCGGGCAGGGCCGCGUCCAACUGGGGGCCGGACACUAUCGAGGGCGACCUCUCCGAGGAAGAGCUGGCUGCCAACCGCCGCGACCAGACCAUCGACAACCAGGUGCACCGCUUCCGCGACGAGCCCUACUACGCAUCCAAGGAGUACGACUUGGGCGACAUCGAGGUACCGCUACUCUCGGUCGGCAACUGGGGCGGCAUCCUGCUGCACCUGCGCGGCAACAUCGAGGGCUACACGCAUGCAGGCUCCAAGUUCAAGUACCUGCGCAUGAUCACGGGCCGGCACGAUCUGCCCUUCUACUACGACGAGGAGGUCGAGGUGCAGCGCAGCUUCCUCGACGCCUUCCUCAAGGGCGAGGACCGCGUCGGCUGGUCGCAGGAAGGAAAGGUCCCGCCCGUCAGCCUGGUCCUGCGGAAGGGAAAUGUGGGCUUCAACAACGCGGAGGCCGAAAAGGCCUACGCCCGCCGCGAGGAGAACGAAUGGCCGCUCGCCCGCACGCAAUACACCCGCUUCUACCUCACCCCCGACCUCACCCUCCUCCCCACCGUCCCUUCCCAACCUCUGCCUACCAAAAAGCUCACCUACCGUGCCCUCGGCACCAUGACCAACCCCCAGCUGCUGCAAUUCACCACACCCCCCUUCACGGCCGAGACCGAAAUCACGGGGCACAUCGUGGCGCACCUGCACGUGUCUGUCUCGCCGGACCCGGCCAGCGCCACCACGCCGUCCGACAUCGACCUCUUCCUGACGCUGCGGCACCUCGGCCCGGACGGGCGCGAGAUCUUCUACACGGGCACGGCGGGCGACCCGGUGCCGGUGACCAAGGGCUGGCUGCGCACGUCGCUGCGCCGCGUCAACACGGAGCACCACCGCCACCGGCCGUGGCUGCCGCAGCGCGACUACACCAGCAAGGACGUGCUGCCGGUCAUCCAGGGCGAGGUGUACGCCGUCGACGUGGAGGUGUGGCCGACCAACGUGGUCGUGGAGGAGGGCGGCCGGCUGGUGCUGGAGGUCGCGUCGGGGGAUACCCAGGGCAGUGGGAUUUUCACGCAUGAUGAUCCGGUGGACAGGUCGAAGGAGGUGUUCGAGGGGUUCAACCACAUCCACUUCGGCCCGCGCUUUGAGAACUACAUCACGCUGCCGAUUAUUCCGCCGAAGGAGGAUUAGGGGUUUUGUACGGGGCCGUAAUCAGCAAGGAGCCUUCAGAGAAGAUGAUGCAGAGAGAUGAUGCAUCGAAUGCAAGUAGAGUCGCUAAAGAUUGCUUGGUUCUGCUGCUCGACAACCCCCUAGGCGCAUAGAAUUACAUGGCUCAGGAUCAGUCUGAGGCAUUACCUAGGGGAAUCUCUCUGAUGCUUG